AUGGCGCUCUUACUCCUGCACCUGCCAACGUUGGCCCUCAACUCGACCUUCACCCUGGUCUAUCCGCUCUAUUCAUCGUACAAAGCGGUCACCACCUCCACCACCUCGCUCGCCGAGAUGCAAGUCUGGCUGGUAUACUGGUCCGUCUUUGCAUGUUGGACUCUCUUCGAAUCUCUUUUCGGCUUUCUCUGGUCUUGGGUCCCUUUUUACUACGAACUGCGUCUCUUAUUCAAUAUAUGGCUCGUUGCACCACAAACAAGAGGUGCCACUUAUAUAUACACCAAUCACCUCCAUCCUUUCUUGCAGACCAACCAGGAAGCCAUCGAUAGACAUGUUGACCAGUUGAAGCAAAGUGCCAGAGGCAAGCUCGAUGCCUAUCUCGGGGGGUUAUGGAGUGCUACUUUGGCAGGAGGAGCAGCGGGUGGGCAAGCGCAAGCGCCUCAGGUUCCUGGUAAGCAUGCAAGUGCGAGACACCGACCACCUGGAUCAGGUACAAGUGUCGCACGUCCUCCAACACAGCACAAUCCGUCGCAAGCAUGGAUGUCUAUGUUUGGGAAUUUAGUCAAGACGUAUGGACCUUUGGCGGUGGCUAGUGCGAGGAGUUUUCUCGAAUCGAAAGCGCCUGCUCCGCAAAGUGUUGCUUAUAGUAUCCCGAGUUCAGCAUCAGGUGAUGUGAAUGAUGCGAGCAAGAGGCAAGCGGCUAUGCAGAGAAGAAGACAGUUAGAAUCGCAGUUGGCAGCAUUCGAUGCAGCCGGCGUUCCAAGUAGUGGAAGCAGCGAUUCUAACGAUAGUGACCAAGUGUCUGGUCUGGCGCCAGUGACGUUGAUCAAUUCGGCAAGCGGACUGAGGGGUAGUUUUGGCGGACAGGCGGGAAUCCAGGAUAGUUUGAGAAAUAGGUUUGUUUCAUUGGCAGGUGCCAGACAAACCGUUAAAGCGGGUACAGCGAUGGGCGAGAGUUACGAUUUGUUAGAACAGUCCGAUAUUCCACCCUUCCAGGCUAGUUCCAGUAGCAGUGGUGACGCAGUGGCUGCCAGAACUUGGAUUCCGUGGAGUCCUAAAUCUGACAACUAA